AUGAAGAGCGUUCGCUUGUCAUUCAGAAGGAAAUUCGAUGAUCAAUAUACCUUUGAUCUCCAGAAUAAUCUUACAAUACAUGACUUCCAUUCGAUUGUUGGUCUUUUCAAUCAAGCUGCACGUUUGAGAGCACCACCCGGCCCCAAAAUAUUCUGGUUUGGCACACUAUUCACCAUGUGGAUGACUGCAGCAACAUCCUUCUAUCUGCUCUGGAUUCAUUUAAAUAAUCCCUACAUUCUGGUAGUAUUACCCGCCCUCAUUAUUAUCAGCUCAUUGUUCUUGAUUUGGCUGCAUCGAAGCCGACGAACAAAGUUUGAGAAAAACAUUCUCGAAAUUUGUUGUCGGUUGAAUGCUACCGAGAAUAUUCGUGGCAUUAACUUUCGGUUCAUCAAAAACGGCCUUGAUGUUACGCCUUACAGAAUCCAGUCAUUAUCCGGUUUAAAAGCGUCUUAUGCUAUUGACAUUGAGUUUGACGACCGUUUCAAUGCCUUGAGGAGCCGUCAAUUCAACCGACGUUCGCCAUCAGAAGACGAUAUAGGCUACAUCCCACCACCAAAAUCAGCCCAUUUCAAUCAAUAUGUUGUCGAUGAAAAAAAUGACAAUUGCAUGUUCCAAGAUCCUCCUCCAUCUUGGUCUCCACCUUACAGCGAGAAAUCUGUACAUCAUCUAGUUUAA